AUGGCAAAAACUCGAGGGAGACCAGCAGCCAGUGCUGAGAAAGAUACGACGGACUCGAAGCCCAUCGCAACUGGACAAAAAACGCCGUUGAAAGCCGAGGUCUCCAAUCCGCCACAACUAUUUAUUCUCCCAGAGAACCUCGGCCAGGAAGCACGGAUUGUACAGCUUGAAAAUGCACGACAGUCUACAAACAGUUCUUAUCUUGUCUGCCCUGAGACUGGGUUUUAUGAAUUCACUCGAAUUGCUGCGCCAAAAUCCACACCUCGAAGUUGGUUGCUUUCCCAAGGAUUGGAUACGCCCGAUAAUAUAGCAAAGGGAGAGGAAGGAGCCGAGUCAAAAUUGGUCAACAACAUCUCAAAUGAUGGUUACGUCUUGCGGAAUGCCAACUUAUUAGUGGCGACUCCAAUUGACUCAUUAUUUCUGAUGCUUCCGGCAUUAACUUCCAAAUCAGAGACGAAAGGCGCCGAAAAGAAGUUGUUUCUCUCGGGAGAAGAUUACCUGGAAAAACUGGCAUCGGAUUCGCCAGAUAUUAGACCGCUUUUGAAGAACGAAUCGGUCAGGGUCCUUUUGGAAAAAAGGAUGGCAGCGAUUUGUGAUACAGUCGAUGCAGGAGAUGAAACCAUGUACCGGAUCAGUGAGGAGAAGCUGUUAAUAGAGCUAAUGAAAAAGGCCGAGAGAAUGGUCAUGAAUGGAUUGACACCUAGUUUGGAGGAGAAGUUUGUCAAGAAGGCCCUUGAUGUGCCAACCCCGCUAGUGAUUGUCGAAGAAGAGGUGACCAAAUCGACACUUUCGACGCCUCAAGCGGAAACCCCAGACACGCAAUCAACAACUCUCUCGGGAGAAAGCUUAGCCACUUCGUUCUCAGAAGCUUCGACAGCCGCUACAUCAUUCUCCGAGGAAUCUUCUAUUACGACUACCAAGGUUGUCAUACAGCCCGUCGAACCAUCAAUUGAAGCGCCGGAAGGAGUUGCAGAUCUCUUAAGGUUACGAACUGCACUUUCUUUCAUCUGUUCAAAAUAUCUUUCUCCCAAAAUAAGCGAAACCAUCAAGUCGCUUGCCAAUUCCUCAGCUUCGGCUAAAGACUUUACACCUCUUGAUAAUCACCUCGCCCAUUUAGCAAAAUUACGCCAGGAAGCCCUUGCAACAAGGUCAUUGGGCGAUGCUUCGCGGAAGCGGUGUUUCGAUGACGAGGAUGAAGAAGGGAACGGCGAGAGUCGAGCCGAGAAGAAACGUAAGAAGGAAGAGGAGGAGAAGAGAAAAAAGGCCGGGGAGAGCAGAGGUGUGAAGAACCUGAAGAAGGUUAAUGUUAGCGGUAUGAAAAAGAUGAGCGACUUCUUCAAGAAGAAGUGA